CAGAAUGGAUAAAUCUGGUGGUUAUCGAGAUGAUCGAGAAAAUCAUGUUCUAUUGAUAACUGUCAUAAAUCCAGCUUUCCCCAUAACAUGUGAAAUUAUUCAUAAAGUAUGCGAUCCCAUCGGAAAAGUAUUGAGGGUUGUUAUAUUUAAAAAGAAUGGUGUCCAAGCAAUGGUUGAAUUUGACACUAUUGAAUCUGCCAAAAAAGUCAAAAGUGAACUUCAUGGGUGUGAUAUUUAUACUGGAUGUUGCACUUUAAGGAUUGAAUAUGCUAAGCCUACAAGAUUGAAUGUUUAUAAAAAUGACAGUGAAAGUUUCGAUUUCACCAAACCUAACAUGGCCAGAUAAAAUCUCAAAUAACCAUCAGCUGUUCCUACCGAGCCAUUGUAAAUUGAAUUGAAAGUUGAGUCGAUGCUGAGUUUUCAUCCUCACUACUGCCCUCCUUCAUCUUUCAGCCCUGUGACAAACAUUUAAGCAACAAAAGAGAUAGUUUUCGUGGAGAUGGUUUCAUUAUGGCCUAGGUAUUGGCUUAGCCAGUGUAGCAGCUGAUUCUGCAAGUUUUGGUAAAGGAGAAGGUAGUUCGAUUGGAACAAGACAAAUGGAAACUUCAAAUCAUCAAUUGAGUAAUCCGUCUCAUUCAUCAACUGCCAAUGAUUCGACUGCCAAUAAUUAAAGGGAAAGAUUCAAUUUCACCAAAAUGGCCAGAUAAAAUCUUGACUAACCAUCAGUUGCUCCAAUGGAGCCAUUGUAAAUUGAAUUAUAAGUUGAGUCGACGCUGAGAUGAAUUAUUGAUCACUUUUAGAAAGGCUGAGAGACCAAGAUAAAGAAACAUUUUGUUUCCAUUCCAAUGCUAUUUUGGUCUAGAAAAUUGUUUUUCGUGUCAGAUCUUAUUUUUUGACUUGGUGUUGAAAAAGCAACAUGAAAACUAUAAACUUUAAUUGUAACAAUCGUUGAUACCAUCAAUCAAUUUGACUAGUGUUGCCAUUACAUCAGUUUGUUCCUGCUUAUCCUAGAGGUCCAACUCCUUCCCUCUUCAUCUUUCAUCCACUAUUUUCAUAAUACACCUUGUUAAAAUGCUUGUCACAUAGUCUACUAAUUAAAUGAUUCAUUAAACAGUCAACUUUUAUAAAGCAA